AUGGCAUCUUCUUUAUGGGAAUCUGAAUCACGUGAUGAUAGAGUAGAUAAAACCCACCGAGUAAGAGUGACUUUUUUGGCUUCUGAAUGGGGAUCAAGCAAAGGAGGGCUUUCCACCAUCAACAGGGAGUUGGCCAUUCAGUUAGCCAAAUGUCCUGAAGUGGAAGUCUCUUUCUUUUUACCGCAAUGCAGUCAAGACGACAAGAAGUUAGCCCUAAAGCAUAAUGUAAAGAUCGUUGAGGCAGCACCACUGCCUGGGUUUGAACAACUGGACUGGCUUUGCUUUCCGCCUGAAGAUUUGCAAAUCGACAUUAUCAUAGGUCAUGGCGCUAAACUCGGUAAACAGGCACAAAUCAUUAAAAAAUCUAAACGGUGCAAAUGGGUUCAAGUGGUGCACACAGAUCCAGAAGAACUUGGAAUGUUUAAAAACUAUUCAGACGCAAUUUCAAAGGGCGAAGAAAAACAAAAGACAGAAAUAAAACUGUGUGAAAUGGCGGAUCAUGUUGUUGGGGUUGGCCCAAAGUUGAGUGAGGCCUUUCGCUCCUAUCUUCGCAGCUGCCAAAAAGAUGACAAUGUUGUUGACUUCACUCCGGGAGUAUUUGAAGAGUUUGCGGCUGUGAAACAGGCUCCUAGCGAAAGGCAACAACACAGUGUCUUGGUGUUUGGUCGUGGAGACAUAGAGGAUUUCAAACUGAAAGGAUUUGACAUCGCUGGGAAAGCGGUCGCUGAAUUAGAAGAUACCCGUCUUGUGUUUGUUGGAGCUCCAGAUGGGAAACACGAAGAAAUCGCAAACCGGUUGACCGAAUGUGGUGUUCCUGCAAGUCGCUUGAGAGUAAGGGGAUUUCUACCAGACCGAGAGAGUUUGAAACGUUUGUUUCAAGAAGUAGAUCUUGUAGUCAUGCCUUCAAGAACAGAAGGCUUUGGGUUAACAGGACUUGAGGCCCUGUCAGCUGGUCUUCCUGUGCUUGUCAGCCGAAACUCUGGUUUUGGAGAGACCCUGUGCAGUGUACCCCUUGGUUCAAGCUCUGUGAUUAACACAGAGGACCCUGCAGAGUGGACCUCAGCCAUUAAGAAAGUCUGGGCUAAGGACAGGAAAAACCGACUUGAGGAAGCGGAAACCUUGCGUUAUUCUUACGGCAGGAGAUACAACUGGGCCAAGCAGAUAAAUGAUCUUAUUGAGAAGAUGAUCAGCUGGAUCCAAGGUAGGAAUGUCUGUUUUUCUUUUAUGUUUCGUUUUUUGUUUGUUCGUUUUUUUGCUUUGAUUUUUCUGUAACAAGUAUACUCUCUUCGUGAUUAAAAUUAAAUUGAAGAAACUAAUAGAAAAUUAUCGAAAAACAAACAAUCAAACAAACAAAACAAAAGAAAAACAAAAUCUAAAAAUAGAAUAAAAUAAAACUAAACUAAGCAGAAACACUUAUAGCCUGAAAUCGUAAUAGAAAUGUUGGGAACUAUUCAGCCUUUUGCAAGCUUCAGGAUAGCAAUACGUGGAAAACUGUUUCCCUUCAGAUAUUGUUGUAAGAUUUUUAAUUCAUAACCAUCUGUCAUAUGCUUCAUCCACAGCUCACUUAUAUAAUUAUCUCUUGUGUCCAUAUUUACUGUAAAAGCCCGGUUCCAUCUGUUUUAACUUUAACAGACAAUUCUUCAAAUGUCACAAGCUCCUCAGAAACAACAGGCAAAAUGUUUUCAUCUAUGGACGAGCACCUCGCAGGUAAUUUUUCCUAUCCUGGAAAACUUCUAUUAUAAUCAGUACAAUAAUGUUGCCUGCGAAGGGGUGUUUUGUGCUCAAAAAAGCAUUAUCAUACUUUAACAAUUGUUCAAAACUUCAAUUGCAAUUUAAGACAUUGAUAAUUGGCAGCAUGUUGCACUCUCUUGUUUUUUCAUGUUGGCGAGACUUACUGAUGCGGUCUUAACUUUUUACUGAGAUAAUAAAAAAUUGUCGUAAAUUGGCUUUGGCUUUCUCGCUUGCUAUAGUUAUAACCACCUCAUUGAGAGAGACAAUUGUUGGCUUCACACUAGAGCUUGCAAGCAUAAUGUAAGUGUACCUGGAACCUACUUUGAGUGUGAAGAGGUAAUAUGUGCCAACUUUAACUUUACUUGGUGAUCAUGGAAACGAUUCUAGUUAAAUGAAGUCGAAGUUCGCCGCCAAGUAUCGGGUAUACACUAUGAACGGACAGAUAAACAUUCAACACGUCUUAGCUAAGAGCAUUGCGGAAGAGUCCAAGCCCAAAGCUCUUCGGCGAUUUCUUUGCCAAAGAGCGCGUUGUUGAGCCGUUCUAAAGAAAUACAGAGGAAGACUUCGCUUGUGUUUUUUUUCUAUGACACUGCUAAGUACUUGUAAAAAGCGAAGUACGUAAGCAUGUCUGUUAGGGUCAAAACCCUUUGAGUUCAAAGUACUCAAAAAUAUACAACUAUUUCGAGAAAGGUUGUCACAAAAGUGCACGUGACAGUCCCGAAAGGUAUUGUGGGUGGUUUUGAUUUCACUGUUCUGAAGGUGGCUCGACCCAGUCUUUUUGUAGGUAGACCUUCCAUCUUUGAAUCUCUUUGACUUAAACAAAUUUAUCUUUUUUGUAAAACUAUUGUAAACACAUGUAUUACACAUAGACUUAACUUUAUCAUGAUAUUAUUUUGGGGUCGAUCGAAAUAUAUAUAUCACGUGACAAUGACGUCACAAUAGUUUUAGCUCUAAAUCGAAUUGCACCCUUAUCGGCAUUUUCUUUAGAAAAGCUUGAUGUUUCCUAUACUUUGGGUGCUUGUCUUCUGUUGUGCGAAGUUUCACAAAAAUCUACAAGAAGGUAAACUGAAGACUGGAGUCAAUGCAGACAAAUUUGCUACUUUUUGGAUGUUUCUGAAAAGUUUUUAUCACUCGUUCGUUUGGCAAAUGACCCUCAUACACUCUACAACCGGCUAAAAGCGAGUAGACUUCCGCGAUUUCGAAAACACGAAAACAUUUAAAUCAGGGUAAAACGCAAUGCUGAGCUCUUUUUGUAAUUGUGUGGUUCCAGAAAAUAGCCAUACCACCCCCACAAAGGGAUUUGCCGUAUGAACCCCCUCCCUCUGGAUUUUCCAAAAUCGGCCCUCAAAAUUCACCCCCUCAACCCUCCAGAACUUCCAAAAUUUUCGCACACCCCGUGAAACUAUUGCUAUCUCUUAUUGAAGUGAACAAAUAAGUAGUUUCGUUCACUAGGAUGUCAAAUUUUGUGAGUUUCAUGUAUUUUCUGUUGAAUUCUAUAACAGAUAAGUGCAUUCCUUAUGCGCUCAAGUCACGAUCAAAUUUUCUACAAAGAGAUAAACAAAAAUUCUUUUGUGCUCAAGUCACGAAGAAAUUGUUGAAAAAGUUCUUCAAAUGAAAUACAAGGUCGCGUAGGAAAUAUAAGCCUUUUUCCUCGCUUAAUUUAAUCCACCGUGUUAGACCAGCUGUUGGCUGCUAUUUCCGCUGGGCAAACUGCCAUUAUCGCUAGGUUUUGCAUGCGUGUCUUUUUUUUGUUAAGUAUAUCAAUUAGUAGUCUGCUACACAGCCGUUUUUAGUGUCGUCACGCAACGCUCCCAGUGGGAAGGAGCGUUGCGUGACGACACUAAAAACGCCUAUGUAGCAGACUAAUCAAUUAGGUUUUCUCAGCCAUCAGUACUAGUGUAGACUUCGAUCCGUCAACUUCAGCUCGGCAUUGGGCCAUAGGUUCUCUGUGCACCAGUUUUUAUGUCAAGGCUAAUCAGGUUUUCUGCGUGUGCAAACCAAAGAUAGUACUCUCUUUUCUUUAUGUUUUGGGGUUCAGUUUUUUGGUUCUUUAAUUCCUUUUAAUCGUUUUUUUGGUUAAGUUUAGUUUAGGAGCUGUUUUUUAUUGCUCUUUUAUUGUUACCGAGUCGGCUAUUCUCGGAAUAUUGUUACAUUCUGGAGUUAUUAGGUUAGGUUUAUACUGAUCUUUAAUAUAGAGUUUAUUCAUUAUUAGCUGCUGUCUUAGUAUAGUCAUCGUAUAUUUGAUUAUUUUCUUAGCCUUUCGUUUGAUUUGCGUAAGUAAGUAAUUGACAUUUCUUAGUUGCUAUCGUUAUUGCGAAUGGUAGCUGUAAUUUUCUCGAAUACAUCAGUUUAUCCUAGAUUAUUAGUUACAUUAGUUUUUCCCUUUUUACUGUUUUAUUUCAGUUCGAAACCACAAUCACGACAUAUCACGACAUUCGGCUUUAUGGCACGUGGUUAACACUUUUUCAUCUUGGCAUGCAAUCAGCUUCAAUUGAACUUAUCAAACAUUGAACUUUGAUUAAACUUGCUGAUGGUAAUCAGAACUUUUCGUCGAGUUCGUUUUUUAUGCACCGCUCUUGUCUCUCUUCUACCCUUGUUAUUUACUUGGAUUUUUCUUUCUUAUCCUUGUAAGUGACAGACGGAAGGUGUACCUAGAAAGAUGCUGGGUCGAGCCACCUUAAAGAAAUUUGAAAGAGUAGCUUGUGAGGCCAUACCCAGGGUACCAGAGGUUUUUCUCGCUUGCGGUGGGAAUUUUCGGUGUGGGCCGAAGGCCGACACAUCUUUGGCCUUAACUACUAAUGAGGCCAUAGACGUAUGUUUGUGAGUGCUAAAGGAAAGCAACAAAAAUAGGUGUGACAGCUUCAGUGUCAGGAAUAGUGUAUUGAGCAUAUCCCUUUUGGGAUUGUCGCGUGGACAUUUUUACCAACAACCUUUCUUGAAAUAGCUGUAUACGAAACUACAAAAAAACUCUUUUCCAACGCAAAGGCCUCAUGUGGUUGUAGCUUCAUAGUGGUAGUAUUUUACCGUGAAAGAAGAUUGACACCUUUUACUUCAAGUAAUAUACUUUUUUUGCAAGUGUGAAGCCAUGUUUUCUACAGAGCAACUUAAGAUUUCCAAGUGCACUUAAAUGAAGUGCUUACUUGAAACUAACUCCUCUUCUAGGGUGAAGCUAACAAAUAUAUCUUCAACUUCGCUUUGCACAUUUCGAUCACCCCCCUCCCCCUCCCUCCCUAAUAUACUGCAACCAAUAUUUUAAAACUGCAAUUAAUCAAGGUCAAACAUAAGUCCUCUGCGCCCCGUGAUUCAGUUAAUAGUAAACAAGGACUAAGAAAGCAAUUAAUAGAGAGGAGAAGUGUGACGUCACGUUACCAUGGUAGAAAAAUGUUUGGAUCACAACAAUGGGGAGCUUAAAGGUCACAUGAACAAAAAAGUGAAAUAUUUUCUUUUGUCGCUUUACCUUCACCAAACACUAAAAAGAACCAUCGUAAGUAAGAUUUGGGUAAAGAUUUUUACAUAAUAAAACUACAAGGCUUGCAAAUUCUGUGGCCGGCCGCAGCACAACGCCUUCUGAAUUUUGUCCAUUUUCUCCCACUUCCACACGUCCCUCGCUACCCAGCCUCCCGAAUAUCAAAGCCAGAUAGUUUGCGAAGGUCGAUGUCAAAAAUGGUUGAGAUUGCUUGCCUCUAAUGACCUAAAGUGACGCCACGAAUUUUCACAUGCGCCCCAAAAUCGCCAUUGUCAUAGGAUGUGCACCAAAGUGGACGAUCAUUACGGCCGUAUAAAAUUCAAAUGAACGACAAUUAACCCUUGUCACCUCCCCACAGCCCACGUCGUACCCGCCAAAAAUGACGGUUGGAAGCGGCUGAUGCAGGUCAUAAUAUCAUGAUUAUUUUUUUUGCUGUAAGUCGCCUUUCGCUUGGCAUCAAAAAUUUGAAUAUAACCUGAGAUUAGAGCAGAAUGACCAUGAAAUACUCUUUGUGUUUACUCGUCACGCCGUUGUGCGGCGGCUGGCCGCCAAGUUUGCAAGCCUUGUCGUUUUAUUAUGUAUUAGUCGGGGGUGUCAGAUUCAAGUGACUGAAAACGCCACAAAAUCGCAGAACACGACACUAAAAACAUACGGUUAGUUAUCUUUAUUCAUUUUUCUUACAUUAUAGUUACAUUUGGGAUCAAAAGGUGCAAAAUUCUGUGUUUUAUGAAGCAUUCCUACUGAUCACUUGAAUCAAGCCGAGUGCAGGCUUACGAAUUACAGUUAAUUUAUGGGAUCACAUGCCCACGUGACAUCACGAUCCCUCGAACAGUUCGGAUGGUCCGCCUGUGGUUGACUAUGUUUGUUUGUGUCGUUCUGUGCUGUUUUGUGAGAGUUAUGACUUAGACUGAAUGAAAUAUACGAGGUGCGAACGUUUGCUCCUUGUAAAGCCUUUUUAUUUGUUUUUGUUGUCGUUGUUGUUUAUUUGUCACUUGAAAAUUAGUUUGGAUUCAGAACAACCAAUGUUAGAUUAAAAACGGGUCAUUCCGCCAGUCUGAGGUGGAAUAAAAUGUUUUGCGGAACAUUUCCAAAGAGGCGAGUAUCUUUCUGAUAAUUGUGCAUUCAAUUUGUGAGUUGAUUUUGUGUCCAGAACUUCGCCUUCUUUCGCCGGGCUGAAUUAAAACCCGCUUGUAUUCUGUUAUUAGUAGUUACAGUUACUUUUUUACGUGCCCCUAUGCCCAGAUUUAUUUACCUCUGCAGAACCAGCGUCGUCCUUGUGUUCAAUCAAAGAACCGUAAUGCUAUAAACGCAUGCGAGUGAACAAACUUGCGCGCUGAAAACUUUCUCGGAAAUCAGAAUCCCAGCAAGCUUGCUCGAGAAAAGACUACUUCGAUCAUUUUUCUGUUGCUCAUGUAAUAAUAGUCGGAGCUUUUUUGUUUUUUCAUUUUUAAUUACAUAUUUUUGUUUUCUUUCUGUACGCAAAUUUUUCUUUUCAAGUGCUGUGAAGUAGCUGAGAACGACAACUGCGGGCAUUGACUUCGAAACAAUAGAUUGACUCUUUGCCCGUAAGCAAUUGCAGGAGCUGGAUUUGACUGAAGGGAGCAAAACAAACCCUUAUGUGCUGUUUUCUGUAUUUUCUAAUCAUUCAGUUUGCUGAGUGUAAUUUGCUUGAAUGAAGACCCUUGCAUGAACCAGUUAUUAAAAAUAGCUAAAUGGUGAAUCGUAGCUUGGUUGCGCAGCUUGCAACUGAUCUUUUGCUUUUAAGAUCUUUAAGUGGGCUGUUUUUGUACAGAAAAUUCACUUCUUCAUUGUCCGCAGGUAUAAGAGCCUUAGCCUCAACCUCGUUCCCAGGGUUCUCUCCUACCCGUCCCUAUGGAGCAAGAGAGAGAGAGACCCUUGUUGGGUCUGGUCACGUGGCUCCAAAACAAAAUUAUUUCUGAGGGAGGAGUCCUUUCUAUCACAAUUUUGUGUCUCGUUCACGCAAUGAUCGCAAGGUUCCGCAAGAGCAAGAUAGAUUUGCUAACCCUACAACUAUAACUGAAACCAUGGGAAAUUUCUACUCAAAUAGAACUUCCACAAGACAAACAAGUUUAUUAUUUUACCAGAGGUGAAAGUGAAAACUUGCGUUAUCGCGGUUUAACCGACGACAUCAAUCGCUAGUAAAAAUCUAUGAUCUUGAGUUCUACAAGCGUGUUUUAUAUUGAAGGAAAAAUCCUCUAUGUUAAACUUGCAUUGAAAGUAGCAAUGUUUGCCUGACAGCGGGUGCUGGUAAUCGGGUCGAAUCAGUAUACUGCAAAAUCUACAUCAUAAGCGAUCUUAGCUAGCGCCCCCGGAGCAGGGAAUUCAUAUUUGCUGAACCAUCACAAUAAUAUUUUAGAUCUAGUGACUUUACGGAAAGCUAUAGUCUAAAAUGAAAUGUCUGCUUUUUCUACCCCCUAACCCGCCUUUGUUACGAUGGGCAAUAGAAAAACAUAUCGCUUUUAGUGGUAGAUAGAGAUACUGGAAUAUAGGAGAGAGAAUCUGGGAACAAGGCUGCCUUUAGCCUUAUGUCUAUUUAAUGAAAAUUUGUUGAUUUGCAACCUUUUUGAAGCUUUUUAGUUCACAUAAGCUGAAUUUUAUGCAUGAUGGAAUUGUUCUUUGCUUGUCGUAUCUCUUUGCGAUCUUAAAAGUGGCAUCUAUGGUUGUUAAAGUGACUUCAGUCGGUAAUUCAGUCAUAUACACAACUGGACAAAAUUUUUUGCAAUAAAUAUAACUUUAAUUUUGUUUGAAGGAAAUCUUACGCGUAGGUUUUUGACAGGUGUUAUGCAUGUUCAACUUGACAAGGCAAAGCAAAAUUUAUCUGGGCGAAAGGAUCAAGUUUAAUAUAUAGAUUUAGCCAGGGCUGAAAGCGAAACUCUCUAUAAUAUUUAUAGUUUGUUCAAACAAAAUAUAAAAUCGUGUAAUGCUAAGCGUCGAAGGCAACGCCGGAGAACAGUGAAAAACAGCAGUAGGUCUAAUAGGCCAUUUUACAGUUGUGUGCUUAGUGCCCUGGCCUUUGAAUAGACGCGAGGCUGGCGGUGACCUUGUUUUGUUACAAACCUGCCUGCUUUUCAAGUGCAAAUCGUGGUAUUCUCAUGCUAACAAGCCCGUGAACAUGAUCAUUUACAUAUGAAAAACAAGAAGGUUUGUAGCGAAACAAGGUCACCGCCAGCCUCGCGUCUAUUCAAAGGCCAGGGCACUGAGCACACAACAGUAAAAUGGCCUAUUAGCAAAAAAACAACUUGGCAUGUGCAGCACACUUUUUUUUGUACAUUGCUUUCCAGUUGUUUUGCACGAUUACAACGUUAAACUUUCAGAAACUUCUUAGUUACACGUUUUUUGGAGGAAACGUACGUCUUCUCGUUCACUUUUUUUUCACUGCCGCUCAUUUUCACCUUGCAUUGGUGGCCGCUAGCAUUUCUCCUUUUGUCACCGCCGCUACAAAAUUUUCAUGUUGUUCUUCCAACAACAACAAAAAAAUGUCUCCUUUUCUUUUUAUCUCUAGCUCUAGAUCUCUGUCGCCCUUUUUCUCAUUGAGCUUCACUGGCCUGCCGCCUACUUUCUCUUUUUCUCUGUCUUUCUCUUGCUCUAUAUUCCAAAUUUGUGGACAUGACAAAUAAUCUAAGCCUAAUACUUUAGACAACACGGAUACAGAAACAAUUUCUGCUUUCCGUUUUCGUCUUUAUUGACUCUUUAGUUGUCUCUGCUUUACAAGGCGUGGGUGGUUAUGCGAUUUCCCGCCAAAAUAACUUCGAGUUGCAUUUGGGUUGCCAUACCUGUUGAUUGAGUUAUUUUACAUUGGUAUGCCUGUGGUGCGGACGGACGGACGGUUGAUCGAUCGCUCGAUCACUCGGUGUAUGUUCACGUGAUUACCAAAUUUUCUGGAAUGGAUAGAUUUACUUAGCUAUGGGGCUCCGCUAAAAAAGUAUAGUUGCUUGAAACCGAUUUUGGGGAAGAUUUUACUAAAUAAAGAUUAAGACGGAAUGCGUCAGGAAAUUGAGUAAUUUUAAUUUUCAGUGGACAAAAACCUUUUACCAGAAUAAUUUAAAGCAUAUUGCAUUCUUUUUUACAUUUUUCAAGGGCUAUAGAUGUAACUAGUUAUGUGUAAUAACACCUUAGAAAAUUUCUUAUGGGCACCCGAGAAAAUGACAGCUUGCCAUGAACUUUUCAGAAUUUUACCUGUGUUUUCACCAUUCUUGUGAAAUUUGACAUUCAUUUUCUCGGGCUCCCAUAAGAAAUUUUCUUUGGUUUUAUUACAGAUAACUAAUUACAUCUCUCACCCUUGAAAAAUGUAAGAAAAGAAUGCAGUAUUCUUUAAAUUAUUUUGGUACUAGGUUUUUGUCCACUGAAAAUUAAAAUUACUUAAUUUCCUGGUGGAUUCCAUCUUAACCCUUUUUCUACCCACAUAUCAACGCCAAAACUUCUACAUUGAGGAUUUUGUUUGUAUUUUAGUGAUCUGGGAAACUACAAGUGUCCGAUCGAGCCUGGGUUUCAAAAUAUCAUCUCGAGUGCGACAAAGUUCAAUGACUUCAAACACUUUGUGGGCAAGCGUGAAUUUCUUUGGGCAAAUCACUAUACAAAGAUAUUUUGUUUUUGUGUCCACAGUGGAGCUCCACACCUUUUAUAUCCAGGAAAUUCCUUAUAUGAACACAUUUUGUGAUUGCAUCUUGGAAAAAAUCGGACCUACGCACGCACAUUUCCAGUACUGACAACGCAAGGAAAUUAAUGUCGUUAAAGUCCGUUUUACUAUGAUGUAUUCUUUGAGAAAAUUAAAGAAUAAGAAGGUUACAACCAAAGCUUGCAACUUUUGAAGACAAAUUGCUUGUUCUUUCUAGGUUUGUGGCCGCACAAACCACCAUAAUUUCUGCACUAAGUCGACUAGAAAAACGCUUUUUAAUUUCCCUUUUUUUUUCACCUGACCAACAUUGACGUCAUACGCUGUUUUUGCCGACAAUUUUUCUGACCGCUCUACGAAGAUAAGGGCCAAAAAAUAGCAAUUUUUAAUUGCGAAUAUCUCGGAGAUGCUUGCUUCAAUUUAGCUGAAACUUCAUAGUAUGUUUAUUUGGCUCAUAUUAAACACAUUUCACUAGAAUUGAACUAAAAAAAUGUCGAAAUUUUGGUUCAUUUGACCUUGAGCAACAACGACGGUGACAGCAACGAGAACGGCAAAAAAUCCGUAGGUUUGUUUUAGCAAAACAACAACUUUGCACGCACUUGCACACACCUGUCAAGGGAUAUUUUAAAAAUGUCGAGGAACAAGUCAUUCGAUGUCAGAGCAAGGUUUGGAGCAAUUUAUAGUUUGCUUCUGAAACUAAAAAGUACCUUUUAAAGAAUACCACGAUAGGCAAUCAGCUUUUGUUUUCAUUUUUAGUAAACAAUUAAUUUACUUGUCGCGAAAAUGUGAACUGGUGGCUCCUUCUACCUCACCUGGUAGUAAUAUAUUUUUGAAAUUCCAAAACAAUUUCACAGCUGAAUUUUGAGCGCCUUUUAGUUACCGACUUCUGCUCCAACGAUUUUUCUGAAAUUCGUCUGGCAUACUUAUUAUGUCAAUAAAAGCCGAUACCAGAAAUUUCAGUAAAAAAUAUCAGCAAAAUUUUUUACUGGACUUGAUUUUCUUUAAACACUAGGGUCCUUUUAAGCGCUAAUUUCUCAAGAAAUAUUUACCAUCAAUAAAAUCAGAAUAUUUCGUAUUAUUGCCGAAUGAUAUCUGUUGUUCUUUACAAAGUUUCGCAACCAUCGCUCUAAAAACGAAAAAGUUAUGACGGAAAAUUUGUCACUGCAAAAUGCUCCAAUAUUAAUGACCGAGCCACCUUAACAAGCAAUCAACCGCCCCCUAAUUUACAUAAUCUAACAUCUGCUUGACCAGUCAUGUUAUUAGCCAAUCAGCGUUUACCAGAAGGGAAGCAAAUUUUGGCGGGAAUAAUGUCUCUUUCGAAAUCAAUUUUAGGGAAAAGUGAUGUGAAAGAGAAGAUCGCUCAGAAUAAUUCGCAGGUUUCUAAAGAAAGAAUGACAGGAAUUACAGUCAAACCAGGUCAAGAUUCCAUUCAUGAAUUAAUUAUUUGAAAAUUGAACCCGUUUGUCGCUUCUGUAACUUGUAGCCGGUAUCAAAUUGCAUUCAAAUAAUCGGUGAAUUUUUUACUGCAAUUUUUAGUAUACGAUGAAAUGGAAAAUAUUUCAAUGGAUGAAAUUUCUAUUUAGACAUUCUUCAAACUGGCAAGAAAACUGAGCAGGCAGAAAUUUCAUAAUGAACUGGCGUGUUUAUUCACUCCUCAUUACGCAAGCAAAAAUGCAGACUGAAAUCAACAACAACUAACAGAUGGCGGCGUUUUGGCCAAUCGGAACAGCGCAAAUCAUCCGUAUUGUUUCCUGUCUAGUCAGAAAAAAGUCCAGAUUCUGGCUUUUUUGCAUGUGAUCUGUGAAAGAAAUGUAUCAUGCCCUCCUCCCGAAAACAGAUUACAGAGAUAAAGGGAGAGGGCAUGAUCAUGGCAGGUUAUCACACGCCCGGUUCAUCGAGUAGGUGAAGACAACACAAAAAUUGUCGUUUUCUUUUUUUCUAAACUUAGAUACGGUCCUUUUGGAUUCAACCCCAGAAAAUUUCGCCAACUUUUGUAAAAUUAAAUGAGAUUGAAUAAGAUCGAUGAAGUUUGAAACACUGCGAAUUCUCUUUUUAAGUGACUUUUCGGUUUGUUGUCAUCCAAAAAUUUUGCUACCAUAGCAACAUGACGUAACGACUUCUACUCUCUAUUGUUAGUGGUUUUACAGUGUGCCUACACGAACCGAGCCCGAGGCCACCGAAAAAAUUUUGAGACAAAUUUUGAAAUUAGCCAAUCACAAGUCGAGCUCUAAACAAUGAAGUUGUGCAUAAUUUUGUACUCGGAGCCAGUUCAAAAUACGUUGCGAACCAUUUUUCUAAAAGAUAUAAAACAUAAGGAAUCGUGACGUUUUUGUAAAUCAAGCUGAAAAUGUUUUGACAACGCUGGUCUGGGUGUGGUGUAAUCAAAGCCAGCAGUAAAGAAAUUUUGAGCAAUCCGAACUAAAGGUGACGACCGCGCAUUUCACGGCAAACAGCGCUCAGUGAGUGAAUUGCUGUGUUGGUGAUUUGAGAGCCACGGUGGCUCGAAAACACUUCCCAGAAUCCAAAAACACUUCCCAGAAUCCAAAACACGUCCCAGAACCUAAAAACACUUCCCCAGAAUCCAAAACACGUCUCAGAACCCAGAAACACUUCCCAGAAUCCAAAACACUUCCCCAAAACCAAAACCACGUCCAAGAAUCCAAAGGCAUCCUGGACGUGUUUUGGAUUCUGGGAUGUGUUUAGCCUGAGAAAACAGCCGACAUUUCGCGACGCUACCACUGGUUUCCCUGCAAAAUGACGUCUGAGAAACGAGCGCAGAAAUUCCAUACUGAUGACGCGUCACUACCCAGAUCUGGGUAGUGCUCCUGAUUGGUUGAAUCAAAUUUCCCACACAGCACGACCAAUCAGAAGCACUACCCAGAUCUGGGUAGUGACGCGUCAUCAGUAUGGAAUUUCUGCGCUCGUUUCUCGAACGUCAUGUGGCAGGGAAACCAGUGGUGGCGUUGCAAAAUGUCGGCUGUUAUCUCAGGCUAGGACUUGUUUUGGAUUCUGGCAAGUGUUUCUGGAUUCUGGGACAUGCUUUGGAUUCUGACAAGUGUUUUUGGAUUCUGGGAAGUGUUUUUGAAUUGUGAGACAUGUUUUGAAUUCUGGGAAGUGUUUUGGAAUUCUAAGUGCAUACUUAGGGACCUUAAGUCUAAAAUGACCCUUGUUUAAUUAAACAAGGGUCUAAUUAUUAGAGCUUCAGUGAUAUCCGUUAGGGUUACUUGUGCCUCUGAGGCACUAAAAUGAAUUUCUUCUACAUCCACAAAGCUAGAUUCUGUUACUUUCUAGGAGUUACUUUUGGAUUUUUUUUACAAAACCCCUGGUUUUUUUGUUUGUUUGUUUGUUUGUUUGUUUUUUAAGCAGCCUGUUUAUUUUUAUAGCGGGGUUAUUUCCUCUUUUUGUUAUCUCCCAGGGGUUAAAGUGAAUUUCUGCCAUACCCACAGACCAAGAUUCUGCUACCUUCCAGGGAUGCUUUUUGUUUUUAUUUAUUUUUAUUAUUUUUUUGAUAAGCACCCCUGUCUUUUCAGCAUGCAAAGAAAGUAUGUCCGAUUGCCCGGGGCUAGUGGAUUUUGCUAUCGGGCUGGUGAAUUCUGUUUUUGACUUGCCCGACUGGCAAUUGAUGUUUUUUGAGGAAUUUGAAUCACAGAAGAACUGUGAAAGUAAUUCUGUUCGUCAAAAAGCUUUUGAGGCUAGUUGAAAUGACGUCUGGGCUAGUAAAUGCUAGCUUCAACUUGCCCAAACCGCAAGCUGUAAAAAUGACUUUCUUUGCACCCCAUUUUUGUAAAGCAUCCCGGCUUUUCUUAAAGGGGAGUAUCUCCUUCUCCUUUUGGUACCUCGUAGGGGUUAAAAUGAAUUUCUUCCAUGCCCACAAAGCGAGAUUGAAUUUUUUUAUUUGACUAGCACCUCAGUUGUUUAAUAGGGUGGUAUCUCCUUCUCCUCCUCCUUCCCCCCACUCCCUGAGGACAUUAGCAACCAACAUUACAGGGCUGUCAGUAAGGGCCGGGAGGUGUGGAUUUCCCCUGGCUGCUAUGAGCAUGACCCCUGGCUACUUUAUUCAUAGGAAAUAAAAGGGAAAUAGGACCGAAAGAAUUUCCAGGAUGUUCUAUUCCCUGCUCUGAAACUUGAAACCAUAGUGACAGCCCUGAACCCUAACCCAUAAAAGAAACUCUCUGCUCUGCUGGCUUUAUUUUCUGGUUUUCGAUCAUUCUAGAAAUCUACCCUCUGAUUGGUUGAUUGCUGUGGUUUUGAAAGGCCCAAGAAAUAUUUUUUUCUUCCUGUUUUGAAAAUGUUUUAGAACUGCAACUGCUUACUAGAUGCCAUUCAGAAUCAACUUAGUGUGCAGCAGAAAUCCUGCAUAACCAAGUUUAAAAGAUAAAUUUAUUGUCUAAAACUGUCCACACUGCAACCAGACAUCAUUUAGUGAAUUAAAAUGUCAGUAUCACCCACAAUCAUGUAAAAGCUAAGAUGUAAGCUUCCGGUCCCAAGACAAGCUGCUCAGUGCUUUUUUAUUGAGACCCAGAACCUAAGAUGUCAGAUUGAUAAACAUUUUCCCCAAAUACUUUUGAAUAACUGUUGUUUUAAAUGUCUCACUUCAAUUUCUUUUCUAUUUUGUUUAACUGACAGACCUGUCAGCAAGGAAGCAGCCCUCUAGCUCUGUGGCCACUAAGGAGGAGUUACCAGGUACUAUUAUAUCUAAAUAUAAAACGGAAGUGGUAGACAUACAGAAGAUUAAAAACGCUUAUUUUAAUAUGAAAAUGACUUUUGUCGUUUGUUAUAUUGCAAUAUAAAAUUAUCUUUAUUGUAGUAGUUGUUUAUUUAUAUUUCAAUAAUAAGUAGCAAAGAAGAAGUAUGAUGUGAUACUUCAAGCGUCAAAUUCUUUCUUUCAUUCAAUCUUUCUGUUAGAAUUUUGCUAAGGUAUUUUUAACCUGCGUUAACCGUCCUCGAGGCAAGUCAUAAAAAACAGGAAUUAUUUUUACCACUCAACCACAAACGUCACUAACGGCUUUGGAGAGGUAGCCCUCUAUUGGCGGUGUCUCCUCUCUGAACCUCUCUUUGUGGGGUAACGCCCCUUUACACUUGCUUUACUGAUGCAGUCUUCAAAGAUAUUUACAUCUACAUGUUACUCGGCCAAGGUUGCCCAUCCCGCCAUAUUCAGGGCCGGGUUGUUCGAAGCUGGGUUAAGAUAACUCAGGGUUAGUGUGAAAUUUGAACUCAGAUUUGAGAGCUUAAAAAUCAAAUUCAGUUUUAUUCUCUUUACGUACAAUUUGAUGAUUGGAUACUCUAAAAAGAAUAGAGAAAAUUAUUCGGGAGAGUGCUUUUGAUAAAAGGAAAAAGAAUCCCAGGUUAAAAUUUAACCCUAGGUUAGCGCUAACCGGCCUUCGAACAACUGGGCCCAGAAUUGUAAUUUCAAUAAUUAAUAAUUCUAUAUUUAGCUCGGUGAAAUUACAUUGUUAACUUUACAUAACUGAAAUUUGUGCUAGGUUAUAACUUUAUAAUGUAAGAGAAAUAAUAAGUGCGAGCUGGGGAAGCUAGAUAAACUGUUAGAUUUUCUAGUUAGCUCCUCAUCAAAUUAAAGUCAGUGUGUAAGCAGGUGAAAAAGAAGAAAAUAGAAUAGAUAAAUGAAUUAAUAAAUUCAAUUCAAUUAAUAAACUCAAUUAAAAAAGAGCAUUACUUCUACGUUGACCGUUGUAUUUAUAUUCCUACACUAUAUUCUGGUGUUUUAGAGCCCUGAUAUCUAUAUGCACUGUUACUUACAUUUCUUUUGGUGUAUCAUGAGUUGAGGAUAAUUUGUUUUUGAAUAUGGAAAUUUUAUUUAUAUUUGGUGAUCUGAUCAGUUUAUAUAAAUGAGGGCCUAUAUUUUGUGCGUCAACUACCACCCUUUAACUUUCCUCACCUGUUAAGAUAUCAAGUUAUAAACGAACAAUUCUUUAACAAAAAGGAACUUAAAAUUUUCUUUAACAGAUUCUCUCUGCCUCGAGGAGUGCCAGAAACAUCUGCGAUCAAUUUAUGAAACCAACAGCAAAGUCAAAAUCGUUCCGUGGGACCAAAGCUCUGCCGUUCAUAUUGAUGAAAUUUAUACCCAGUUGUCUUGGCUUAUGGAUGAGAAGAAGCCCAGCGGAGUAACACAGAAGGAACUUGAACACUACACCGACAUUUUUGACGGCGGAAGACUUCAUCAUACGCCUAAGCGCAUUUUGGUCCACGGACGACCAGGUAUCGGCAAGACCGUUUUUACGCAGAAAGCUACAUUUGAUUGGUCCCAACAGAAAUUUAAAGGAAAGUUAGGAAGAUUUGAUCUCGUACUUUUGGUCAAAUUACGCGAUGUUUGUAACCUCAACGAUGUUCCAGCCAUUCUGAGGAAUGCUAAUCUUCUCGCGAGUGAUGGCCCGAUUUCCACUGACAACCUGUACGAUUACGUUCGUCGCCACCAAGGAAACGUGUUGCUUAUUUUGGACGGCUACGAUGAAUACGUACACAGCGCAGCAAGCCAAUCACCUGUUCUUAAAAUCUGGGAGAAAAAGCAGUUGAGGGAUUGCUGUGUUGUUAUAACAUCUAGAGACAUGAAAGGAGAGGGACUGAAAAGUUCCAGCGAUGCUCAAUUUGAGAUCGACGGUUUUGACCUUAAGGGACAAGUAGAGUUCGCCGGUAGAUUCUUGAAAGAUGUUCAAGAUAUUAUAGAGUUUUUUGAAUACUUGAAGCAACAAGACCUGGAAGAUGUAGCAAAAAUACCUAUUUUGCUUUUAAUGUUGUUGUUGGUUUGGAAAGAAAAAGACUGUCGAGGACUGCCUUCAUCACGGCCGAUGAUAUAUUUUCAGUUUUUGCAGACUAUGUUUAAUCAUAUGUCAGAAAAACAAAAAAAGCGGGCGGAAAAAGUUGACGAUCACAAAGAAGAACUCUGUAAAGUAGGAGAACUAGCCUUUGACGCACUGCUACAAGAUUUACUUUAUUUUCCUCUCAGUAAACUGCCGGAUUACGUUUUGACUGAGAAACUGAUCGAGGCCGGGUUGUUUCAGCUGCUAAACAUGUCCGCUCUUAACCCGUGCAAAGCCGUGCACUUCAUUCACAAAUCCCUGCAGGAGUUUUUGGCUUCUUUAUUUCUAAAAGAAGAACUGUUGUCUCAAGAAAGUAAAAACAAUUCCCUUUUCAAAGUCGACUCAGUUGAAAAGAUCUUCAAGUUGAAGGAAGUUUUUAAAUUUGUUGCUGAAAUGUCAGAAGAAGCCGCGCGUGAGAUCUUGAUUCAUCUGUUGGGAAUGGCGGCGAAGGAAGACGGAGAGUACAGCUUCGACAACCAAGCACCGUCAGUCGAAGAUUUGUCAGAAACACAAAGAAAUCUUUUAACUCUAUGUACACAGUUAUUCUUCUGCUGUUCAGCAGAUACAAGAACAGAACUUUUCCCCACUUCUCUGUCUAAUCUAGGAGGUGUUUUGUUCAUUUUAAAUCCUGAGCAGCUGAAUAUUGCAGCAAAGGAAAAUUUUGUUAAAACUACUGCUUCACUUUUGUACAUAUUUUUCUCUGACAGCGGCCAGUAUACAAAGCAAAGUUAUAAUAAUUUAAUUUGUUUAACACAGCAAUUAAAGGCUGUUAUAGUUAGUAGAACAGGAAAACAGAAAGCAUCAGAAUAUUUGACUGUAUUUCCAUGGCGUAGAGUAAACGAGUUUUUCUUAAUGAAAGAAGAAAACAACACUCACCUUUAUUUUACUCAUAUUGUAAAUAGUACAGAUGCUAGCAUUCCUUUUCCUUUUAAAAUGGUAAAGACGUUAGUUAGUUUAGAAGAGACAACAAAGAAGACAAACAUGAAUGGUGAUGAGUCAAGUGAAGAGAACAGCAGCAGCUGUUGUUCGAAGCGUCAUGGUCUCUCCAGGGUUCGGUGGAUUAUAGCUUAUGUCAACAGGUCAGAAGUGGAACUGAUGAUGGAGAUGAUGCUGUUUAUCACCGCUCCACACGUGGUAUGGGUUUGGGGUAAAGACGGUGAAGUGUUUGAUGCUGAGGUAACAGAGUCUCUGAUGAGGAGGAUCUCAACACACAAACUGGAGUGGUUAACACUCCAUGGUAUCAGUGUAACAUCAUCACCUGCCGUGGAGUUCAUCAACAGAGUAUUUGAACAAGAUCUUCCAAACUUGAAGUUGCUCUACAUGUCAGACAAUCCUCUUCUGGGUGCAGGAGUCGACACCAUAAUUAAACAUCUCAGCAGCGCUCCUCACCUGGAGGAACUGAACCUUAGAGGUGUGAAGAUGACUCCACAGCAGGUGAUGAAUCUCGCAUCAGCUGUAAAGCAGCACGGAAACAUCACUGUACUUGGGACAGACUACCACGUAAGUUUUCCAAUUUUAUCGCAAUUUGUUUCUUUAUUCUUUGUUUACAGUUUAUUUCUACUCAGCUCUUGCCUUUGGCCAUUUUCCUUUCUUUGUCAUUUUUAUACUCGACAAAACACGAGAUUUGCUUUUGAAAUCAAAUCACAAACUUUAGCAGAUUCAAAAUAUCAUUUCAAAUUCAUUUCUUUCAACUGAUUAAACUAACUCCAUAAAAUGUUUUAACUGAGAACGUUUAGAACAAGUAACUGUAGCUGAUAUUAAAACAUGGAGUUGAACACAAGAAGAGAAAUUUCGUAUCUUUAAGCAGCCAUAAGAUGAUAUUAUCGGGUGAAAACAAGAACUUUUAGCAAAAACAAAAGCACAUAAUUUCCACAGUAUUAAUUUCUAAAUCAAUUUUAAUUCAUACCUUUUCAUAAAGUAACAAACAACAAUCAUAAAAGCAAUUGAAAGAUGUUCAGUUCAUGUUCAAUUCAAACAAAUGAGCUUAGUUUGGUAUUAAAAAAAAUGAAGAGUAAACACAUUGAACUCACAGUUUCACAUUUAUCGUCCAGGGCUUCCUACAAAAACAGUUUAAGUCUAGGGAAGUUCUUUUGAAAGUCCCGAAAACAGACAAGUCUUUUUUAUAGCUGUUGCUUUGUUAGUUCUUGAGCGUUUCUUUGGUAAAUACUGGUCCUUGCAGUUCGGUGAAGUGUUGGUUUUUGAAAUAACAACCCACAGAAAAAAAUUGUAUCUCCGAGACAACGGUUGAAAGCAACACCCAAAAAAUUUUCCUUACAGGUUAACACUUCGCUGUUCUCCACUGUAUAGCAUAAGUGUCCAUUGCAAGAUUUUCAUCGCGUAAAUAGCAUAAGUUUGUUUUCAACUUUCCAAGAACACUAGCUAUACAAAUCAAAUCGUGCGUAGCUUUGGGCUUUCGUGAAAUAUCCUAAUAAAUGAUGUUUCCUUGAGCUUCGAACAACUCCUUAGCAUAUUCCUGAGUAAAAAGAGAUAAAUCCCUGUCUUUUGCCGGUAUCAUUUCCUUGAUGUUUUCUUAUUAAAUUUUGAGUUCAUCCUGAACAGUUUGCCGUUGAAGAGCGAACUGAACAAACUACAAAAACAACAAACGAUGUCAUUCAAAGCCUAGUGACGUGGCGGCAGCUGAUUGGUUAAAUCUACCUCGGAUGAUGUUUCACGUGAUGACAUUUUCCCGCCUUUUGUUUUAUUACGUAACAAAUUCCCGCCCGCAAAGAAUACACUGUGAUCUGCGAAUUUUGUGUUUCUGAAUACAUUUUCAAAAGAAAAGAAAAAGGAUUUGCAAGUGUUGAUUUUGAUUCUAUUAUUUUGAAUGCGAAUUUCUUGUACGUGCGCGUUGAUAAAGAUAAUGUUUCUCUUUCCAAUCCCGCUGAGAGGGGAGAGGUACAGGGGGGUAAAUCUCCCUCCUCCCUAAACUUGGUUUAAAAAUUGGCGACGGGUAACACUCGUUUCUUGAACUUAGUCGUAAAGGUCGUUUUUUGACCUUCAGCGCUUCGCCUCUACACCAACAUACCACACAAAGAAGGCGUAACCACCGUGUGUCUACUGCAGUUCUGGCCCCCCUCUCUCCCUCUCUAUGUCACGCAACGCCGGAGAGAGAGGGUCCAACCCCACAUCCCUUAGGUCCCUUAUCAUCACUCCAAAAGCCACUGAAUUACCUUUUCAUCGAUAUCUCCCUCCUCCCUGUUCUGUUUCUCUUUCUUCCGCCGAGAAGUCAGAAUUUUCGGUAGGAAAAAUUUCUCUCAACAAAUAACUGUAAAGACGCCUAAAAUAGUUUGUCAGUUGUUGUUGACACAUUAACCAUGUGCUCGUAUAAUUUUUGACAAGGUGCCGGGUUCGAAUCCUGCUCAGUACCCUUUCUUUUUUCCUUCUGUCUUUCUCAUUUUUUUUUUUUUCGUUUUCGUGUUUAUUUUGUUGUUGAUGUUUUUUAAAUACAUACCUUCUAGAGCAAAGAUAGCAUAUUUAUGGAUAAACAAUCUGAAUUUCUAUCGUUUCCUACAAUUUUCAUUCCUUUUUUAUUAUAUUCUACAAAACUGAAACAGUAGCCACAUGCAGUCACAGACUGCCUUUUACUAUAUAGGCCAAGUUUUGACUGUUGAUCUUUGCUUUCGGCACGUGCGGCUUGUUUUGAACUUAGUUAAUCGUGUCAAAGUUGUUUUCAUAUUAACAAUUGUUUUUCGUUGGUCACUGUAAUCGCAUUGUACUUAAAAUGAAGGUUUUGAAAUGUGUACACGUCCACACUUUAUUAAAGGGAGAUUGGUGGUUUUAAGUAUUAUUUUGUAUUUUGUUGCAGGAUAAUAAAGGAAACCCCAAACCUGAACAUGAAUGGCCAUCAGAGGACGACUGGAAGACUGAGUACUCUGACCUCUCUUCUGAUUCAUCACCUGAAUCAGCGCAUGAGCAGGAGCAGGUUAGUCAUCACACACCUAUUUUUGUGAAAGUUUAUUUAUUAAAUAUUUAGUAAGACUUUCAGUGUUUGUGUGAACAGUUCUAUUUUUCUGUCCGUCAGAGAUAAUCAAAUACGCUCAGCAGCCUUGAUUUGUAAGUCUCCAUUACCGAGGAUUUUCGAGUUGGUGAUACUGAGUUAGUUUUUAAUACAGUAAAAACCCGCGUGUAGGAACCUAGUGCCUUCAUAACCUGCUGGUAGAAAUUUGCUUCUUUAUUACCCAACAGUAUAAGAACCAGGUUGGCCAAACGAGAUCAGGCAAGUUCUUAUCUGUGGGUUACAGUUAAAUUAAUCAUCAUCUAAAAACAUAGAUUGAACAGGAAAAGGUUAGUCACCAGCUUCGUUUCUUUAAGUUUAUGCUGCAGUCAUUGGAAACUCCGGCCCCCCGGCCCCCGGGACUUAGCGAGGAAUUUAACAUCGGGUUGGUGUUACAACACCGCUAAUUUCCCCGCUUCCCGGGCCAAGUAGUUUGUUAAAAGCCCCGUAUAGCAGGGAAUUAGUAAAGUGUAGUUCCAGGCUCGAUUUCAACCGCUCUGUCCGAUCUGGUAUUCUGUAUUUCUUAAAAUUCAAACCACCUGUUAAUAGAAACUCUCGAUAGCGUUCCUUCAAAUUCAUGAAAAAUGUUACCCUGUGUGCCAGAGGAUUUUUUUUCUUACCUAAUUCCUGAGAACGGACCUUUAAAGCCAGUGUAGAAAAAUGCGGCUAGAUCGCUUACAAAAAAGUAACUUCUGUAUGGUAUACUUGUAAGGGCAAGGGAUCUUAAGCGAAACUCGGGGGGAUGUACUUCCUUAUAUAAGCCAUAUAGGUACAGUCAACUCUCGCCUUGCGGACACCCCGAUAAUACGGACAGCAGCUAAAUUCCCCGGCAAAAACAAAUUACAGAUGUUUGACUUAAAGAAACUCGCGCUAUUACGGACUCUCGCUUCGUGAACUCAAAGAGAGAAUUAUCGAUCGAUGUAGUACAUGAGCAAUUAAGAAACACAAUUUAUGAGCAAAGUAUUUCACCAGUUGACGACACUAUGGCUGAAGACUUGAUUGUAAGCUGUCGUAGUCAAUGAAGCGAACAACCCAGUUGUCAAUGAAUGGCAGAUGAAUCGUGAUGUUACGCACGUCCAUGAGCGAGGGACGUGACAACUUUGCCAUGUUAGAAGACCGGCUUUUCCUUUAAAUAUUUCCUUCUAUUUAAUUUGGAGGUGUAAAUUUCGGAUACUGAGGAUAAAGAAGACACGGACAAAAAUAGGAACUCUGCGAAUUUCGCAUACAAGUUCAAGGCUUGACGUGAGGAAAAUAGGAGCUAUUACUGACAAGGUUUGGUGCCUGAGUAGAGCAUACAAUUGUAGCCCACGUCGAGGUUUCAGGGGGUUUGCUUUUUGUUUGUAUCUCUCAUAGAUAUCAUUAAUGAAUCGAUUAUUUGAAAACUGAAUCAAUUGGUCGUUGCCGCAACUAGUUAAUGAAAUACCAACAUACAUAGGAACAUGUCCGUACUAAGCGUCCUAACGUACUAAGACCGAAUAGAAUACCAACAUACACAGGAACAUGUCCGUACUAAGCGUACUAACGUACUAAGACCGAAUAGAAUACCAACAUACACAGGAACAUGUCCGUACUAAGCGUACUAACGUACUAAGACCGAAUAAAAUUCCAACAUACAUAGGAACGUGUUCGUACUAAGCGUACUAACGCACUGAGACCGAAUAAAAUACUAACAUACAUAAAACAUGGCCGUAGUAAGCGUACUAACGUACUGAGACCGAGUAAAAUACCAACAUACAUAUAACAUAGCCAUAGUACGCGUGCUAACGAACUAAAGCCGAAUUAGAUGCCAACAUUUUGAGAACAUCGCCGUAUUUAGUGUAUCGGUAACGUUUUCAAAGCUGCAAAAAAAUGCUAACGUACG